AUGCUCGAUAAAGGCUCUAAGGAAAAGCUCCUCACCAGUUACGAGCCAAGGACAUACCUAAGAAGACCUAGGAAGAAAGAGGAUGAACAGAUGUCCCAGACGCCCCUCAGAAGACACGGCUCUCUCUUUAGAGUCGAUCUUUCAAGAGUGAUAAAAGAAAAGGAGCAUUUUGUAUUUUCAAGGUUUCUUAAUAGAUUCAUCAGAUAA